AUGGCCCCAUCGGCAAGGAAGCGCUUUGGAGGCCCCGAACAACCCAAGGCUCGGCCAUCCAAGGCCAAAUUCAACAGCGUCACCUUUGAUGAUCAUACUGGCAAGCCGGCCAUCAUGUCGUGGUCCGGCUCAGAGGACAUGCCUAAUCUACCUGAUUUGCGAGCUUGGAUCUUCUACAUGGUUAACCCAGAAACCCCACGAGACUUUGACGGCUGCGCAUUCGCUUCUGGUCUGAAGGAGGGCCGUAUGCUUCUCAGCGCCAGCGCCUUCAGAUAUGAGUUUUUUUUUCUACCCGGCGCUACCGCUGAAGAAUGUGUUGCGCAUUAUCGUGGCGAGAUGGCUGCUCGAGGUACCAUUUGGCAACAGGUCCGCAAGGUGGAACGAGCCUGGAAGAAGAAGCGCGACGCAAGCGAAGAAACAGUUGAUGAUCCAGCUGAAGGGUUACCUUCUGGCGAUGAUGAUGAGCCUCGUGUCGCUAUCACAAGUGAGGGACUUCCGGGUUUACCUUGGGUGAAAAAAGCCAGUGACUGGUAUUUUACCCACUACCGCAGCUGGCUCUUCAUGUACCUAGAUGCAGACGUCCAGUGGGGUCCAGAUCAAGACCACGAUGUCUGCCUCGUCCAAUUCGACCCUAUGCCCAUCGAAUGGGAGGAAGGCGCAAGGGUCGGAUGGGAUCCGAUGGAACACCCUAUUCGUUCAAAGCAUAUAAAGGCUAUGAGUAGAUUAGGUGACGAGGAGUCGCUUAUCUAUUGGAUGGGCGAUAGAGGUCAGGAUAAUUGGGCGCUGGUGGCCAGAGAUGCCAGCAAUGAUGCUAAAGACCUCGGCUGGGAGACUUGGUAA